AUGGCGCCCAUCUUUAGAAACUAUCGGUUCGCCAUCGGUGCCUUUGCUGUUAUCAUGCUUAUUUUAUUGAUUAAAACAUCUUCCAUGGGUCCAAGCUCUAUUGCACGUACAGUUGCAACUACUGCUAGUAUUCCCAAAACGCCAGAGGAUGUUUCUAUCUCGCCCAUUAAUGAUGAACCAGGCUACAUUCACGAUCCGAAGACUGAACAAAAUUACCCUGAGCUGGCUGAUGCUGUGAAGUCACAAACAAGUCAAACAUGCAGUGAAGAACAUAAGUAUGUUAUCAUGAUCGAUGCCGGUUCUACUGGUUCCAGAAUUCAUAUAUACGAGUUUGAUGUUUGUACUUCCCCACCUACCUUACUUUAUGAAAAAUUUGAGAUGUUAGAACCUGGUUUAUCCUCUUUUGAUACUGAUUCUGUCGGCGCCGCCAACUCCCUUGACCCAUUAUUGGAAGUUGCAAUGAAGUAUGUUCCUCUUAAGGCAAGAAGUUGUACUCCCGUUGCUGUGAAGGCUACUGCAGGUCUAAGACUCUUAGGUGAUGCUAAAUCAUCAAAAAUUUUAAGUGCGGUAAGAGAUCAUUUGGAGAAGGACUAUCCUUUCCCAGUUGUUGAGAAAGACGGUGUUUCCAUCAUGGGCGGUGAUGAAGAAGGUGUCUUCGCUUGGAUUACUACAAACUACUUAUUAGGAAACAUUGGUACCAAUGGUCCCAAGUUACCUACAGCUGCCGUUUUCGACUUGGGCGGUGGGUCUACACAGAUUGUUUUUGAGCCUACUUUCUCAGCAAAUGAAAAAAUGGUCGAUGGUGAACAUAAAUUUGAUCUAAAGUUUGGCGAUGAAAAUUACACCUUAUACCAAUUUUCUCAUUUAGGUUACGGUUUGAAGGAAGGUAGAAAUAAAGUCAAUUCUGUUCUUUUGGAAAACGCAAUAAAAGAUGGCAGAAUCUUGAAGGGCGAUAACACUAAGACUCACGAAUUACUAUCUCCAUGCUUACCGCCCAAGGUUAAUGCCACAAAAGAAAAGGUUACUUUAGAAUCCAAGGAAACUUAUACUAUCGACUUUAUAGGACCGGAUGAACCAAGUGGUGCGCAAUGUAGAUUUUUGACAGAUCAAAUUUUGAAUAAAGAUGCUGAAUGUCAAUUCCCACCAUGCUCUUUCAACGGGGUUCAUCAACCUUCUUUGGUUCGUACAUUCAAAGAAUCGAACGACAUCUACAUUUUCUCUUAUUUCUACGACAGAACCCGUCCAUUGGGCAUGCCUUUGUCAUUCACUUUGAAUGAGUUAAAGGAUCUGGCAAGAACAGUGUGUAAUGGCGAAGAAACUUGGAAAAGUGUCUUCGGUGGCAUUGCGGGAUCCCUAGAUGAAUUGGAAAGUGACUCGCACUUUUGUUUGGACUUAUCUUUCCAGGUGUCCCUAUUACAUACGGGAUAUGACAUUCCAUUACAGAGGGAAUUAAGGACUGGUGAGAAAAUUGCCAAUAAAGAAAUUGGUUGGUGCUUAGGCGCGUCAUUACCACUGUUGAAACCUGAUAACUGGAAAUGUAAACUCAGUCAAAUCGAAUAA